CCGCUGGUUCCACACGCAUCCAUCGCAAAUUUCCCAUCUCUUUUCCCCAAAUCGAAUCCCCAACCCCGACCUAAUCGGCGAUCCGCGGUCGCCAUGUCUCGCACGGGGAGCCGCCUCGCGUCCGCCGUGGUGCGCCACCCCGACCGCUCCCGCGUCUCCGCCUCGCCCUCCCCUCGCCGCCGCUCCCUGUCCCCGUCGCCCUCCCCGCGCCGCCAGCGCCGCCGCGACCGCUCCCCCAUCCCCUCCCGCGACCGCCGCGGCGAGAGGUCCCCCGUCCCCUCUCGCGACCGCCGCCGCGACCGAUCCCCUAGCCCCUACCGCGACCGGCGCCGCGACCGGUCCCCAAGCCCCUUCCGCGACCGCCGCCGCGACCGGUCCCCAAGCCCCUUCCGCGACCGCCGCCGCCAGUGGUCGCCCUACCAUAAUGAGCGCGGCCGGGACAUGGACCGGGUUCGGGACGUGGAGCCCCCGGCGCGCCGUGGCGGCGGUGGAGGAGGCGAAUGGUCCGCCUCCGACGACGACGACGAGGAUCUCAAGGGCCUCACCUACUUCGAGUACCGCCGCGUCAAGCGCCAGAAGCUCCGCAAAAGCCUGAAGAAGUGCAUCUGGAAAGUCACGCCCAGCCCUCCUCGCCGUGACGACGAGGCCGACGAGUACCAGUAUAGCGAGGAGGAGGAGGAGGAGAAGAAGGAAUCGCCGAAGAAGGAAUCAUCUGAGAAGAGCGAUGAGGAGAACAAGGAUUCGUCGGAAUCUGAGACCGAUGAGUCUGGUAGCUUAUCUGAUUCCAGUGAAUCAGAUUAUUCUAGUAAGAAAAAGAAAGGGCGUAAGGGCAGACGUUCUAGCAGCAAGCGUAGCCGGCGUGCCCAUCGUCGCCACAGGAAGUCUGAUGCGGAGAGUGAGAGUGAUAGCAAGGUCGAUGAGGAUUCAGAGGGUUCCUAUGACUCUGAAGAUUCUAGGGAUAAGAAGAGGAGCAAGAGAUCACGGAGGCACAAGAAGUCUAAGAGGAGGGGAAGGAGCUCUAGGAGGAAGAAGAGUAAGAGUCUGGAUGUACCAUCUGAUGUUAGCUCUGAGGAGGUGGAGGUGUUAGUCUCUAGCCCUAUCUCAACGGACAGCAAGAAAAUGGGCAAGAGCUCAAGGAAGAAGAAUAGCAGUCAGUCUGAUUCUGAAGAUUCGAUCCCUUCUGAUGCCAUCAUUGAUGAAAAGGAAAUUGAAGAGACAGAUGAGCCUGAGAUUGACCCAGAGGCAAUUAAGUUCAAGGAAAUGCUUGAGGCCCAGAAGAAGGCUGCACUGGAGAAUGAGAUGCCGGUUGGACCGAUGCCACUCCCGCGUGCAGAUGGUCAUAUUAGCUAUGGUGGCGCACUGAGACCUGGUGAGGGUGAUGCCAUUGCACAGUAUGUACAGCAGGGGAAGCGUAUCCCACGGCGUGGUGAGGUUGGUCUGUCUGCAGAUGAGAUUCAGAAGUUUGAAGAUUUGGGGUAUGUGAUGAGUGGAAGUAGGCACCAGAGGAUGAAUGCUAUCCGUAUAAGGAAGGAAAACCAGGUUUAUAGUGCAGAGGAUAAGAGAGCACUGGCCAUGUUUAACUACGAGGAGAAGUCAAAGAGAGAGCACAAGGUUAUGGCUGAUUUGCAGCGCUUGGUUUCAAGAACCAUUGGCCAAGAGACAGGACCUUCGCAUGAUCCAUUUGCUACUACAGAUGACUGAGUAAUUAUUUCUAGCUAUUUUACAAAGAAAUGGUUGCCACUGUUAGUUAUGCAUGUUUUUCCUGUAGUACUAGUGAUGUCGAGUUUGCAUCUUUGUAACUUCUGUUUUGUGCUGUACUUAGCUUAUGCUUAUCAGAUAUUACUCUUUUGUUCUA